UUAAACACCUACGAAGAGCAAAAUUGACGUUUUAUUUAUACAGCUUAGUGGUCUUAUUUACCACUAAAAAUGGCUUUACUAGCUAGAACGGGUGUUUCUUUUUUAAAGAAUGCAGUGCUUUCAACAUCUGUACGAACGUUAUCAUUAACAAAUAAGUUAAAUUUAAAAGAAUUACAAGAACGCAAAGAAGGCUCAACUCUUGUAGUAGAAGGUGUAAAUGUUCCUUCACCUCGGACUGAAUUGCUAAUUCGUGCGGAAAAUAUAAAGGAUUUAGUUCAACCUGAAGGGACCCCAAAGGAAACCUGUUACAUGUGUGCCCUGGGCUUGGAUGUGAAGCAUACUGAUGUGUUAAUUCUGAGUCAAUUCGUCAGAUCUGAUGGUUGUAUGUUACCUCGACGUAUAACUGGUUUGUGUAGACGCCAACAGAAAAAAAUUGGGAAAAUGGUGUCCAUGGCACAGAAAGCUGGUUUGAUGAUAAAUCUGACACCGAGUUUCUGUAAAAAAGAUCCUAAGAAGAGGUACGGCUUUAAGAAGUUCAACUCGUACUUCGAUGAAACAACAAUAUUCCAGAAGAAAAUACCAACGCCCUUUGAACUUUUGAAGAAUCGAUAAACGAGCAUAGUGUAAAAUAUUAUGUAUAAAAUGUUAUUUAAGUAGUAAAGUAUAAAACCUA